UGUAGUGGGCGGGGGCGGGAUAGCUGGCCUGUCAUUGGCUAGUGGAGAGGGUGGUGAGUUGGAGGUAAACAAAGUCAAAAUCUGAGGCGUCUGCUGCUGCUUUUUCUGUGUGAAGGAGGAAGUUUUAGCAGCAAUAACUCUCUGCCUCAAGGUGUUGCCGUCCGUCCGUCCGUCCUCCUCAGUCAUGCAGGCCAGGAAUGUGGUAAAGGCGGUGGUGGUGAUGGUGGUGGUAGUGUGCGCUGCCGCCAAGCCAGCAGAUGAAGAGAAGAAGAACAGGGUGUACAAUGAGAAGUUGAGUGACGAGGAACACUUUAUCCACAAUGAGCACAACUAUGACCACGAGGCCUUCCUGGGCAAGGACGAGGCUCGCACUUUUGACCAGCUCACCCCCGAGGAGAGCAGAGACAGACUCCCAGAGAACAAAGAUAUGCUGCACUGGGAGGACUACAAGACCAGGGUGUACGGCUUUAUUGACAACAUGGACCAGAAUGAGCUGGACACAGAGGAGGAUGAUGGCAUGAGUUACCAGGAGAUGAUCAAGAGGGACAAGAGACGGUGGGAGGCAGCAGAUCGCGAUGGAGACUCUACACUGACUCUUGAGGAAUUCACUGAUUUCCUUCACCCUGAGGAAGCGACUCACAUGACUCACAUCGUGGUGCUGGAGACCAUGGAGGAUAUCGACAAGGACAAUGAUGGCAAGAUCUCCCUGGCAGAGUACAUUGGUGACAUGUAUCGAGGGGGACAUGAUGAUGAGUCAGAGGAGCCAUCCUGGGUAAGCAGUGAGCGGGAACAGUUCACUGAGUUCAGGGACAAGAACCAGGAUGGAUUCAUGGAUGAGGAAGAGGUGCGAGCAUGGAUCAUCCCUUCAGACUACAACCAUGCAGAGGCAGAAGCAAAGCACCUGAUAUAUGAGGCAGACAGUGAUGGAAACGCUGAGUUGACCAAAGACGAAAUUCUUGAAAAGUAUGAUGUCUUUGUAGGCUCACAGGCGACAGACUUUGGUGAGGCAUUGGUAAGACACGACGAAUUUUAGUUCUUUGGAUGCACCGUCUGACCUGAACCUGAACCACUGGACCUUCCUUUCAUUGACCAAAGAUUCCAAAAGUCCACUACAGGACAUGCAUAUCGCUUGCCAAGAAAAGAGAAAAAUUAAUGAUGGUAGAAACUCAAAAUUCUACCUAUUUGAUGUAAAUAACAACAAGGACCAUUUGGCCAGAUAACUACAGGGAUGCAUAUAUAAUAAUGCCAACUGACCUCAUUGUUGCUUUUACUAGUAAUAAGACAGGGAAACAGUUGCAAGCCCCCUCUUUUCCUGAAGGAUUUCUCCAUUGGUCAGUACAUGUUCCUGACUCAUACAAGAGAAAUAUCUCCCCCCACCUCUUGUAAUAGAUAUGGUGUGAAUUCAUCAGUAUUUUGUGCAGGAGUGCAGUACAAAACAUCAGAUUUCAUGACUAGAGAAACAACAUGGUGUAUGUGUGUUUUAGAUGCAAAUGCAAGUCAUAACUAAAUAUUGCACGUGAUGAAUUUACACUGCAUUUGAGGAAAUGAGAAUAAUAAAAGGAAACUUUCAGCUGACAUUACUAACUUGUGAUACUGUGGAAUAGAAACUGGAAAGCUGGCAGUCCUAUUCACAGCACUACAUUAUUGGGUAACAAGUGACCAAGCUAAGUUACCUAUUGGGCAACCUAUGACCAAGCAGAGUUACCAGUCUUCUUAUGCUGUUCAUUGUUGAUGUGAGUUCUCAAAUUAAUUAUUGUAUUUAGCAGACUACAGUGGAACCUUGGGGUCUGGAACUUGAUGGAAAAAUUGUUAAAAAAUUUGGUUGGGAACCCAUAUAAAUAUUUAUGAGCCAAGGUUCCACUCUACUUUUUUUAUAUAUAUAUAUGCAUAUGAUCCAGUAUACACUUAACUAGGUUAGCCAAUUUUAUUCUAAGGGGAACCAGCCUCUAUCUGGAAUCCUCCUUCUGUGAGAGUCUGAAUGGAGUCACAAAUGUUAAAUUCAGAGUGUUGGAUGUUAUUUUUGAGGUUAUUGUGAUAGAACAGAUCAAGAAGGAACAGCAAGAAUACAUUAUUUAAUUUGUCUUUCUAUCUGUUGUAAACCUGUUAUUUUGAUAUUGUAGCUAUAGAAUGAAGAAUAUUUAUUAUGAGCAAGAGCCUGGUGCUGGUGGGACAGGAUUGGGUUCUUGUCCUUGUGUCUGCCUAACUGUACCACUGCCGCUUCCAUACCACCGAGGAUUGACAGUUGUGUGUGUAUGUGUGUGCAUGCAUGCAUAUGUGUGAGAGGCUUUAAGAGUCUGGCAAAGCUGAAAACUGAGGGACAUGCCAAUGGGAGAAAGACAUAUUACUGGCAUUCACAAGAAAAUAAACCACCAGAAAAUAAUCAAGUUCACAAAUAUACAAGUGAUAAUUAAAAAUAAUGAACAAAAAAUUAGUCGACUUUGGGUUUUGUAUGAGGUAGAGGUGUUUUGCUAAGAAAGUAUUAGUAAUGUGAUGUGUGACCUAAAUCAGAAAUAGUAUUUUCUCUAUUGCAUUUAAUACUUGAUUUAUUUAAAACAUAGUAGUCCUGUAUGAGUGACUUGUCUGUUUCAACUUGCCCAGAAAACAAUACUCAGCAUAAAACAGACAAUGUGAGGUGUUUUAUUCUCUGCAGAUGCUACUGAAUUAACCCUGUUGGCUCGCUUAGACUAGUUUUAUAUAACUUACAGUUUUGUAUGGUAUCACUUCUGUGUCUUUUGUAAUAAACUGAAAAUUUACAA